AAAUUGUUAGUGAAAAAACUCUAAUUUAGCAAUGGCAUUAUUAUAUAAGGUAAUACCAAAUCAAACCUUACGUUAUGUUUUAAGUAAGAGUAUAUGGAAUCUGAAUAGCAGACAGCAGAGGAAUUCAGGACACGCGGUAUCAUAUCGUAUUGCGCCGACUGUUCACUCUAAGGCAACUCAUUUGGGAGCUAAUUUAGUUGGAGCCGCAAUGUGGUGGUGGAUUAUAUGGCACUUAUGGCAUGAAUAUGAGCAUAUAACGGGGGAGUUUCAUUACCCAGAUCCAGAUUAUUGGUCGAACCGAGAAUUGGGGAUUCCUGAUGACAAGUAGUAAACACAGUUAAAACUUAUUUGGUAAAGAGUUCCACUUAUAGUGGAAUCGUUAAAAUUUUUCAAUGUAGUAAAAAAUUGAAAAUAAAUUGCAAUAUCAAAA